AUUCCCGUCUAAUUUGAAUCCUUCAUUGUUUUGAUAAAUUAUUUUCCUUGUUUAUACAAUUGUGUCCUAGUUUUGUCAAUUUAAAUACAAUAAUAAUGAUAACAAGUCACAUUUACCUACUUCUGUGAACCGUAGUCCUGUGCCUGUUUGCUAAUUUGCUGUUAAAAAAUUCAAUUUGAAGAUGUGUUUACGGCGUUGUUUUAUGUUGUUAUUUUUGUUUAUUGGCUGUGAAUCUCGAUACGGAGGUGUUAUUUGGGGACAAGAUAAGGCACAUAUAUACGUGAGUGACUAUUUAGCGGCGAUUCCGGAGGUAACCGUGGCUCGAGCCACUUAUCGCAAUGACAUCAAUACCACAGGCUGGGCAUACUUGGAACUGCACACCUCCGCCAACUUCAGUGAUGAGAAGCAAGCUUACGCAGCAGGCUAUCUGGAGGGCUUCCUCACCAGGGACCUGAUAUGGAUGCACUGGCAGAAUAUGCUCAAAGGGUAUUGCUACAACAAGACUGAUGUUUGCGGCUUGAUUGAGGAUUUUCUAGAUAAGAAUGAAGCAUACAUAUCAUCUAUGAUAACGGCAUAUCCUUUGGACCCAUAUUGGUAUCAGAUAAAGCUUUACUACAUCCAAUUGGAAGGUCUUGCCGUUGGGUACGAGGAGGCUACCAGGGAUCCCUAUGAACAACUUACUUACAGGGACAUGAUCUGGCUGAACAUGCUGGGUGACCUGGACGAGCUGUCGUUCGCACUGUCGAUGCCGGAGACGACCCCUGACUCCAUCCUGUUCAGCGAGCACUGCACCGGCCUGGUCAAGCUGCUGCCCGACCUCAGCGAGCUGUACACCUCCCAGGUCACGUGGAACAGCUACCAGUCCAUGCUGCGUUUUCAGAAGAUGUACGUCCUGCAGUUCCGGAUGACGAUAGAGACUGACCAGCGGAUACCCGGCUACAAGAUGUCGUUCUCUUCCUACCCGGGCAUUGUGCAGUCCCUGGACGACUUCUACGUCAUCUCGUCCGGUCUGGUGGCCGCGGAGACCACCAUCGGGAACUCCAACCGCACGCUGUUCGAGCUGGUCAAACCGGAGGGACAGAUAUUGGAGUUCGCGCGAGCAAUGAUCGCUAACAGGCUUGCGCGCAACGGCAGAGAGUGGGUGGAAAUCUUCAGAAAACACAACAGCGGCACUUACAACAACCAGUGGUACAUAGUGGACUACAAGCGCUUCAAGAGCAGCGCGGGCGGCGCCCGGGGCUCCGCGGGGCGCGGCCUGCUGUGGCUGCUGGAGCAGCUGCCCGGCCACACGCGGGCGGCGGACUUAACGUCGGAACUAAUUCGCACGACGUACUGGCCGUCCUACAACAUUCCGUAUUUCCCGCGCAUUUUCAACCUCAGCGGGGGCAACGAGCGGGUGAGGGUGUACGGUGACUGGUUCGGUUACGAUACGAAUCCGAGGGCGAAAAUUAUCAAGCAGAAACAGGCUGAAAUCUCGAACCUAGCGGACAUGUACCGCACGCUGCGCUACAACGACUACAAGCACGACCCGCUCGCUCGCUGCGCGGCGUGCCGGCCGCCCUACAGCGCCUGCAACGCCAUCGCCGCCAGGAACGACCUGAACCCCAUUAAUGGUACGUACCCAUUUCGGGCGCUGGGUCACCGCAGCCACGGCGCCACGGACGCCAAGCUGACGAGCGCAGCGCUGGCAAGUCGCUACCAGUUCGUAGCUGUCGCCAGCCCCGCGCACAACCUGUCAAGGGGAAUACCUCCGUUCAAAUGGAGCGAAUUCGACCUGGGUUCACAAGUCUCCCACGUGGGCCACCCGGACGCGUGGAUGUUCCAACCGGUUCUCCACAGCUGGGAGUGGAACUAGAUCAGGGAGUAGUACCUAAGAACUUAAACAUCCUUGCUGGAGUUACGGUGUAUUUGUUGGAAUAAAUAAAUAUAUAUACGGGACAAAUUACACAGAUUGAGUUAGCCUCGAAGUAAGUUCGAAACUUGUGUUACGAGAUACUAACUCAACGACAAUAUAUUUUAGAAUAAAUACUUAUAUAGAUAAACAUCUAAGACCCAGGCCAGUCGGAGAAAGUUCGUUUCUCAUCAUGCCCUGGCCGGGAUUCGAACCCGGGACCUCCGGUAACACAGACAAGCGCACUACCGCUGCGCCACAGAGGCCGUCAAAAAAUACUUAAAAGUACUUGGUUAUGAAGGUAUUGGUAUGAAGUUUUAUUUAGCUUAGCCGUACGGAGUGUAAAAUGUACGUUUAAAAAAACUUGCGAACUUGUUCAUGACAUAGUAUAGCUACCGGUCGUGAGCUACGAGUAAGCCGACAGUCGGGAUUUUUCAGAAGGGAAAUUUAUAAUAAGAUCACAAAUUGUCCACUCUGCUGUCAAAAUGCUACCUCGCAUGUUUUAGUAAUACAAUAGCGAUAAAUUCAUUUGGCGGAUUCAAAUGGAGCGCUCUGAUUGGCUUAACCGCUCAACUUAUAAAAGAUCGCGCACUCUAAUAGGUUUAACUGCUUAACUUAUAAAAGAUGGCGCACUCUAAUAGGUUUAACCGCUUAACUUAUAAAAGAUGGCGCGCUCUGAUUGGUUUAACCGCUCAACUUAUAAAAGAUGGCGCGCUCUUAUAGGUUUAACCGCUCAACUUAUAAAAGUAAAUUAGAGUUGGCCGAGGUGGGAUUUGAACCUGUGCCUUUCUGCGCAUCAAGCAUUUUAACCUUACCUUAUCGUUUCACGCUCGACGCUCUAAUAUGAGAUUAGAAACUAUACCACCUUUUUUGUGAUAAGUGUCAAUAUCUCUGUUCUUUAUCAUAAGGAAUAUAUUUGUAUAGUAAUAGAAAGAUGGAAUGCUGUAAUAACAAUAUAUUCAAUCGGUAGGUAACCAAUAAAGAGAUUAAAUACUAAGUUUAUACAUAGUUUCUCGAAUAAAUCAAUUUUACAUA